AUGGAACCCACGGGCAUGACGACCUCAGCGUCAAUGGAGGAUGAGCUGCCACAGACGACAACAACUCAACAAGAUCACGACCCCAACGGUGCACCACCAGGUCUUGCAGACAUUGCAGCAAUCUGCGCAGCUUCGGAGAAACUAAGAACAUUGUGUGAGCCAUAUCCAUCACUUGGGAUGUCUCCUAGCGCACCGCACACUGCAGCACCACCAGCCGCAUCGCCAGCUGUUGCAUCUCCAGCAGUCGCGCCGCCCACCGCCACAUCGCAUGCCGCGACGAGUGGGGGUUCCGGUAGUAACCUGCCAACCUGCCAAAACUGCAGCACUUCGACCACGCCGUUAUGGCGCCGCGACGAAUUUGGCUCUGUCUUGUGCAAUGCCUGCGGUCUAUUCCUCAAGCUCCACGGCCGCCCUAGGCCAAUCUCUCUAAAGACGGACGUUAUCAAGAGCCGCAAUCGCGUCAAGACGAUGCGCCCGGACUUGGCGAAUAAAAAAAAGCAACAACAACAGCUACAACAGCAACAGCAGCAGCAGCAACAGCAGCAAGCCCAGAACUUCGUCUCCACUGACCCCAACGGUGUUGACAUUACCGGGCAAACUGCUGCCGCCGCGGCGCAUGCUGCUCAGGCCGCCCGACGAACAUCACAAAAGUCAGCCAAUGGGCAUGAUGGAUCCGACUCUCCGAUCUCGCGCACCGGAACCCCCUCGAUGUAUUCGCAUAGCCUCUCUUCCUUCAUGGUCGAAGACCCGUACCAGACUGGCUACGUCGCUACAGGGGAAGGUCGAGCUACAUCCCCCCUAAAUGGCGACCGCAAGAUGGAGGCCCCACAGACCCAUGAACAGCUUAUCGCUCACAACUCGAGCUUGAAGACUCGAGUCAGCGAACUUGAGGUUAUCAUUGAGCUUUUCCGAGGUCGCCUGAGCCAGCUGGAGCAGCAAGAGGCCGUUGCGCGAAGUGGUCAACAAGUCGCAGGCGCAGAACAGACCCAGCUGCGUUCUCAACUUGAAGCCACUAGAGAAAGUGAAGCGCAAUUGCGCGCGCAACUCGAGGACAGCCACAGAAGAGAAAACAGCUUGAAGCGACGACUGGAUGACCUCGAACUUGAGCUUAAGGCAGCCCAAGAUGCCAGAGAGGCUCUGGAAGAGCGCCCAGCCAAGAAACCCCGCAUUGCCGAAGUACAGAUCAAGGAUGAGGUUGCCGCGGGCAUUGAGGCUGCUGCUGAGGCCCUGCUGGCCGCCGAGGCGGUUAAGCCAACCGAGCCCACCGCUACGGAACCCGCUCCUGCUCCUGCUGUUGAAGCUCCUGAAGCGCCUGUGGUAUCCCAAGCACCCGAAGUAGCUCAGCCUUCAGAAACAGCCGAGGUCCCCGCCGCGACUGAGACAGCAGAUAGUCCUGUCGCGCCUGAAGCCACCGAAGCCACCGCAACUGCUGAAGCCACUGAAACUUCGGAGAGCAAAGAAGUGACCAAGGCGCCAGAAGACAUCGAGAUUCCUGACGCGCCCGCCGCAUCAGAGGUAUCCGCGCCAGAGGAAUCUGCCCCUGAGAUUACCGAAGGAGUGGAAGCAACUGAGCCUGCAAUCGCAGCAACAGCAUGA